AUGGGUACUAUUAUGGCAAUGCGUGCUUUCAACAUUAUAAAGAUCAUCGAAUUACCAUGGAGAAGCUACGAAGAGACUGAUGAAGUGCCGAUCAAAAAACCAACCAGAAAUCCAGGACGCCCAAACAACUUCACAGAGGAGCACAAAGCUCAUGUCUUGGACCUCGUUGAUGACGAUACACAGGUUACUGUUUGUGAUGUAGUUGAAAGUUUGACUAAAUCCUUUGAAAAUUUUUCGCUUACAAAAAUAGCCAUCCAUAAGCACAUGAACGAAACUUGUAAUCUGUCAGUCAAAAAACCAUAUUUCGAGUUUGAGAAACGCAAUAGUCCUGAAAACCUACAAGAGAGACACGAGUGGUUUAUGAAAUGGAAGGAUUCAGGUGCUGACUUCACGAAAAACUGUAUUUUCAUUGAUGCAUCAGGGUUUCAUAUCAAUAUGCAGAAUUGCGCAUGGUCUAGAAAAUCAGAGCGUGCAGUUAUUAAGCUACCUCAAACAAGAGCUACUUCUCAUACAAUCAUCGGCGCUAUAUCUACAAAAUGUGUCAUUCAUAUUGUGUUGAAAAAGCCUCUUCCACCACCUAUGAAAGAUACAAAGAAACGUGUGGGGACAAUAAAGGCAAGACCAAGUUAAUGCAUCCGUAAAAAAAGGAACAACUGACAACAGUUAUUAUUAUUUUAUUAUUAAAAAC